GCGGAAAAAAGAAAAAGAACUUUUGAAAGAAAAUGCCCACACAUAACUAAAACACACGUAUCCCCUCCGUCGUUCAAAACUUUGCUCUUUUUAUGUUUUCCCUCUUCUCUUUCUCUGCUUCGAUUGGAUCAAAUCCACCACAAUGCGAGAAAACAAAGUUCUUAAAGAGAGAAGAUACGCUGAUAUAUCUAUUUUAAUAGAGAUAAAUAUAGAAUUAUGAUUUUUUAGCUACCCCUUACCAUAAUUUUUCUCCUUUUUCGAUUAACCUAACCUAACCCUAGUUUUUUUUUGUUUGUUAAUUUUUUUCUUUUUUUUCUCCGUUUAAAAUUAACAUGAAACUUUAGAUCUUUUUGAUCUUUUUUUACGUGAUCGAAGAUUUGAUGUGUAUGAAUUAUCGUUGUGGUUGAUUCGGUGUUUAGUGUCGCCCGUAUAAUUUCCUCGUUUUUUUAUUUGGGGGAUUUUUCUAAGUUAGGGUUUCAUAUUGUGUAGUUAGAGUUUCCAUAUAUAUAUUUACUUAUUUUAACUUGAAUUAAUGGAGCCUCGUGUCGGCAAUAAGUUUCGGCUUGGUCGUAAGAUCGGUAGCGGCUCUUUUGGAGAGAUCUAUCUGGGUACAAAUAUUCAGACAAAUGAAGAGGUUGCCAUCAAGCUUGAAAGUGUGAAGACAAAGCAUCCUCAGUUGUUAUAUGAAUCAAAGUUAUACAGGAUCCUGCAGGGAGGAACUGGGAUCCCAAAUGUGAGAUGGUUUGGAGUUGAGGGAGACUAUAAUGUUCUGGUUAUGGAUUUGCUUGGACCUAGUCUUGAAGAUCUAUUUAACUUCUGCAGUCGGAAACUUUCCUUGAAGUCGGUUCUCAUGCUUGCAGAUCAAAUGAUCAAUCGUGUCGAAUUUGUUCAUUCAAAAUCUUUCCUACAUAGAGAUCUUAAGCCAGACAAUUUUCUUAUGGGCUUGGGAAGGCGUGCGAAUCAGGUCUACAUCAUUGAUUUUGGCUUGGCUAAGAAAUAUAGAGACAGUUCAACACAUCAGCACAUUCCCUACAGGGAAAAUAAGAAUCUGACUGGAACUGCUAGAUAUGCAAGCAUGAAUACUCACUUAGGCAUUGAGCAAAGCCGCAGGGAUGAUUUAGAAUCUCUUGGGUAUGUGCUUAUGUAUUUCCUAAGAGGAAGUCUUCCUUGGCAAGGUUUGAAAGCUGGGAAUAAGAAACAGAAAUAUGAGAAAAUUAGUGAGAAGAAGGUUUCUACUUCAAUUGAGGCCUUAUGUCGAGGUUAUCCAACAGAAUUUGCGUCAUACUUCCAUUAUUGCCGUUCUCUAAGAUUUAAUGAUAAGCCAGAUUAUGCUUAUCUCAAAAGAAUCUUUCGCGACCUCUUUAUUCGUGAAGGCUUCCAGUUUGAUUAUGUAUUUGAUUGGACCAUUUUGAAGUAUCAACAGUCACAGCUGACCACUCCUCCUGCUCGAGCCCUUGGAUCUGGUGUUGGAACAAGUUCUGGCAUGCCCACUGCUAUUGGCAAUGCUGACAGACACGCAGCUGGGCAGGAUGUACAAGCUGCUGGUAUGUCACCAAUGGAUAACUCUCGACGGAGAACAACAUCAGGACCCUUGAUGUAUUCUGGAAGUUUUGCAAAGCAGAAGAAUCCAAUUGCAAAUGAUCCUGCAACAAAAGACUCUGCGUAUACGGGGCAGUCAGGUGGAUCUUCAAAACGAGCUAGCGGUCGUGAAGCAGUUGCUGGAAGUGAGUUUGACCCACAACGGUCUCGUACAACCGAUGCUAGCCCUGGUCACAAACAUUUAAAUCAACAGCGAGGUCCUGUUGAAUCUUCUUCUGACCCUAAGCAGACUGGAAGAAACACCAAGAACUACGAAGCUGCCCUCAAGGGGAUUGAGGGCCUUCAAUUUGAGAGCGAUGAGAGAAAUCAGUAUUAAAAUUGUGAGCUAUAUGAAUUGUUGUAAAGCAUGAAAUGAUUUGUGUUGUCCUUGUUGGUGAAUGGUGGGUUGAGUUGAAGGAAUUUGUAAAAAGUUGGAUCUCUGGAGUUGGGAUCCUCGUGUUGUGCACCCAAGCAUAAAUUUCUGCACUGAUGGAAGAGCUUGUGAAGUGAAAUUUGACUGACACUGCCAUCGAAAAAGGUGGUUGCCUGUGAAGGGCUAGAACUGUGGUGUGGCUAUUUUCCCAACACUUUUGAACUUCCUGUUUUUACGGUGCCCCUUUCAUCUUAAGAUCAUUGCUUUACUCCUCUGGGACUUGUUGAGGUUUGAAACUUACGGCACUGUAAAUUUACCGCAUUCAUGUCACUCCUGUUUCUCACGUUUUCAUUUAGAUAUUAGUUUAUUUUUGUUUCGUUUUGUAUCACUGUUCCAAAGGCAAUUCUAUAUAUUCUUUUCUCCCUCAAGAGUAAUGAUAAUAAGGGAAGUUACGAUUGAGGAGAUCAUGAUAAUCAAGAUUUGAUGUUUCUAUUAAGGGCUGGGUAUAUCAUACUCGUAAGCAUUGUUUGGUCA